GGAGUCAGUAAACAAAGGAACAUUCAACACCACUUUUGAUUCUCCCAGUAAAGGGGGAAGUGGUAUCACAGGGAAUUUUUAAUCCAUGGUCCCUUCUUAGGAAAAAAAGUAGAAAAAAAUGAAACCAUAGUAAACCCCUUAGGUACCAUCACGGACACUAAAAGAAAGUGGUACAGUUUAAUGCUGUUGCUAACUUUGUCCCAGGUCUCAGGGUCUGGGAAACUUGGUGCAAAUCGUUACUAUGCUUCCAGUGUCCCCACAGUCAUGGUCUACUCCCAGUUGGCGAAUUGAGCCAAAGUUUUCAACUAGAGUGCUCGUUGGAAACUGGGGAGAAGAGAGAAGAAAGUUCAUCAAAACUUCAAAACCACAUUUCCAGAGCACCUUCCAAAAGGAUUUUGUCCGGUUCCCAGAUCACAAACCAGAUCAUAUAACAAACUGGUAUUAUAUGAGAAGAAGUGAGGGCCUGCCAUAUAAGAACCUGAUGACCCACCAUGAGGAACCAAAACAUCGGAAUUUGAUCAGCACAUAUGACGACCAUUUCAACCGGCAUGGCUACAACCCUGCCUUGCCACCAAUCCGUACUUGGAACGGGCAGAAACUGGUGUGGCUGCCAGAGAAGUCGGACUUUCCCCUUCUUGCUCCCCCCACCAACUAUGGCCUCUUUGAGAAUCUCAGGAAGAAAUGGCAAGAGCCUACUAAUACUCACCCUAUGAACAGUGUUUACACCUUGUCUUAUGUGAGACACCCAGUGUCUGCUGCGUCCCAGCAUGAACGUGCAAACCCAGUCCCUCUUCCCAGUGUCCAGUAAGCCGUCUUGCCCAUCCUUUGACAGCUGCUAACUUCCCUGGACAACAUGAAACUAGACCAAGGCAUCAUAACAUGUUUAAGUCCCAAGGACAGCAAACUAGGGAAGCACAACAACAGCGGCCUCCUUCCCCCACUGGCCUGCUUGAGCAGCUAUGACAUAUCAGGAGGAUGUGCUGCAGAAAGAUCAAUGGGACACCCACGACAUUUGGCCUGUUUCUUCAGAAGACUGAGGCACCUUCUUCAAAUUGCAGGCUGUUCAUCCCUUAUUUUCCACAAUUAAAUGUGUAUGGAGCUAUUAG